AAGCAGCGUUGAGCAUUAUCAUAAAGCACAACCCAGCAGUCAUCUUUGUCUCUGUUCAUAUCGUCUACACCGGAUAACAUUAGCUGGACUAAAUUUGAGCACAUUCUUAACAAUUUUCCUUACCCAACAAAACGGAUUUCAUAAUUUCCAGUGCUCCCUGCCGUGACCGCUGUCCACUGUAAGAUGGGUGCUUGUUGUACAAAGACGCAGAAGCUGGACCUGACCCGCCUGGACCUGACCGAGGUGUUUUCGGACUAUAUCUGGAACAAGCUGUACCCAGAGGAUGUGGGCAAACUCAAGGCCGCCAUGACGCGGAGGAGCAAGUGCAAGAUUGAAAUCAGAUGGGAGUACCUUCAGAAGUCCAGUUCCACGGAGUGGCACGACCGUGCUCAAGACAUCGACACAGAACCUGAGGAGCCAGUAUGUAUGCACUUUGCCCACUACGAGAACAACACAGGCGAAGAACAGAAGUUCAGCUUCGGCGCUGAGCGGGAAACAGUGUCGUCUGCUACCUUUGAGUUCCUGGAGAGCUACACUGUGGGUAAAGAGGCAAGCAUUGAAAUCGGGAUUCCGGACUAUUUGAAAAUAGGCGCCGGCGUCAACGAAGAGGUUACUAUGGAAAAAAGCAACAGCAAAACGUUCGAAACUCGACUCCAGUGGAGUAUCAACUCCGACAUCAGUGUCAAUGUAGGUCAGAAAACCAAGGCCGAGAUGAAAAUUGUAGAAAAGAAAACACUGUCGGACUUUACCGUCGUCAGCAGGAUGAGUUACAACGACACCAAGGAGACCAACAGGCGGCGUCUACCAUACGUUAUCAGAGAUAAGGACGACAACGUUCUGUCUGUCGGCAGCAUUUUGAACCUCGAGGCGCCAUUCCGGGGCCGUCUGCCGGAAAAGUGCGAGAUGGUGACAUUCGAAGAUGGCGGACGGACCAUGGUCAUCCGGGUUUCUGGCACAUGCAAAAGCAUCACGUGGCAGGAACAGCACGUGAAGGUCGAGUCCGAGAAACUACCUUAGAACAGUACGGCUGUUGAUGUUGUCAAGGCGUCUUUGUAACGAAUCAAACUCCAUGGAUUUACAACAUCCCAAAUUCAAACGCUUGGUACAGACUCUACACAAUCAAAUAGUGCCAUAUUAUAUAUGUUGACGGAUGUCCUUGACCGUAAACAUUUGAAGGAAGGUCCAUCACUAGCUUUGCGAGAGCUAUACUCUCAUGUACUCUCAAGCUAUACUGUUCAUGUAUAAGGUCAAGAAUACUCCCACCGCAUACGCAGUAGUACUGGGUUUGGGUCAUGUAUCACUAUAACCUGUGUCCUAUAAGAUAGACCGAUCAGCCCUGUUCGACACAAUGAACUUCAGUUUCUAGGUCGCUUCGAUCUAGACGGAGAGAAACAUGGAGAUUCCUUCAAAGAGUAACUUCUACUUCAGCAUAAAUUCGACAUAAGUGUUAUCAAUACUACUUUCCUGGUAUCAAAUACCCUGCAAACAUAUCUAGAGAACUGCGCACGAAAAUCUCUACCACUUUUUUAAUGAGAUUUUUUAAAUUACUGAUGCAUGCAAUGUCUUUCAUCUCUGUGAGAGAGUUCUGUUUAUGGAACAAAUAUAUGCGUGGCUUUUAAUGCGUCCUUCAUAUCAUUGAAAUCAUUUUAUGGAAAACAUAAAUGUAUUCAGAUUGUUUGCAUAGACAUCGAGUUUGAUUGGGCUUCGCGUAAUUUGGUUAUUUGGCAGAUCUGUUCUCACAAAAGUUGUUUCAUGUGUUUCCAUGACUAUUCUUGCGUUGUGACGUGACGGAGACAGUUACGGGGGAAGCAGCUGAACCAGGUAAACGUCUUCAUAUAAAAGGUCAACACGAGACUGGAAAGGAGAUCUUAACACCAACAUUCGUGACCAUUCUUGUCAUUCCGAUAAAUGCCGAUUCCGGAAACACCCGAGUGCAAAAUCGCUGGGGAGACGAGGUCCAUGUUAUUCAGUUUCGUCGGUGGUUGCAAAACUUUUCAGCGAGACGCCCCAGAACAACUAAAGGCCCACAUCCGUGACGACUGUUGGAAUAAGCACCAGUGAAAGGUAAUCAACUGAUUAUCUGAAUCUUACUGCGACAUUCCCGUCACAUUAUUGGGGCAGUCUUUUAUAUUCCUUUGAUAUGGGCAGUAACAUCUAUUGUCGAACCGUGCUUUAUUUAAAUUCAUUGCUAGUGCCAAUGCAUGUGCUCAGAGUAAAUCAUGUGUGAUACUGUAUAUGCUGACUUUUGUAAAUAUGACAUUUUUUUUUGUAACGUAUGUUUAUAUUUCAUCAUGAAUGCUUUUGAAAUAAAUAUCUGAACAUUUAUAAAAA